AGAAAUGAAACCUAAGUGUGGUGCUAUGCAUCAGUGAACAAUUUCUUGCCUUUUCGGUGAAAACCACCAUAAGUGGAAACAUGCACUACUGUGGUUUAUAAUUGUAAACCUGACUUAGCUAAUGCUGACAAACUUGAGCAAUUAUAAGUUCUCCCUGCUGCCACAGAGAUUGAAAGAUGAGCAAAUAUAUUUUCAAUGUGAUAAUUUUAGUUGGUAUCGCCUCUCAGUGCUGGAUAUGUGCAUCCAUUGUGGAUAUGAUUGUCCAACACGAACAAAAUGUUACUUUGUCCUGUAAUGUAAAUGCCAGCUCUACAUUGGAAUGGUUUCAUUUGAGAUCAGAAAAGAUGACUUUACUAAUAUUUGCAAAAAGAGGAAAUAUAAAGAAAAAAAAGUUUAUUAUUGAACAUAAUGAGGAUGCAAGCCACUAUCAGCUAAAAGAAGACAAUAUAACUAAGUAUGUAAGCCUAGCAAUAGUUAGGGUUGGAGAGCCUGACACUGGCUUGUAUUACUGUUCUACGCGAAUCAAUGGAAAUGGAAUGCAUUUUGGGACUCCUGUCAGACUCACAUUUACAGAUGCUAAACUGAGGGGCUUUUCCAAUGCAGCAGAUAAUGUAGACUGCAGCACACGUUUGAUCUGUGCUUACUCUGCAUGUGGGUUGUGUGGUAUUAUUUGUGUUUGUGUGCUUUGUUAUAAGCAAGGUUCUUCUGGACACUCUUGCAUCAGUUGUCUGAAAGCAAACUCAAAUUCUAAGGAUGCAGAAGUGCAGUAUUCCAGUCUCAGAUUUGUCAAGCAGCCCAGAGGAGCUGCUACCACAUCAGCAAAUGUGACAUAUGCAACUGCAGCCAAUAAAAGCUCCUGAUUAUGCAAUGCACUGUAUUUAAUCUACAUCGAAUUCACAUUUUUGCAACACAAAUAAGACAACUGAAACACCACAAAUAAAUAAUCAUUUUAAAGAAAACAAUCACUUCAAGCAAGAGCCCAAAACUAAAUUUCACUAAAAAUAAACAAAAAAGAAAUUUUUCUACGUGUUCCCUCAACCCUAACUCUUCUUGCCUUUAAUACAAAAUCAUCAAUUAGAUCUUCUUAAGAAAUCCACCAAGCAAUUGUAUGGUUAACACUCACUGAGGUGACACCAUGGACCUCUCAUAGGUUUGGAUGAGUUUAAGCUCUAAAAGGCUGUCACAGAGUUUUCCCCAAAAUAUUUAAGGGCCCCUGAAUUCACAGUAUUUUAUGUAUUAUGGUCUUGCUAGUAGCUAAACUAAACUCUACAACAAAUAACUUGUCAAAAUGUUUUGGUUUCCCAAAGAUGAGGGAAGAUGAUGAUUAUGGAUCACCGCUAUGUGAAGGGAGGUUUGGCAGCCGAUCUGUAGUUAAAAUUGUAUACAUUAUAUAGUACACAUUUUACACAGUAAGGUUAACUCAGUGUAGUUUUGAUACGCUUUAGCUAUGAUUUGAAGUAAGGUAAUAUAUUUGUUGUUUAUUUUGCUUGUUAUCCGCAGGGGAAACAGGUGUAGGAUGAUUCUAAGGGCCCACAUACUUUUGGGGGGCCCAGAGGUCUUUUUUUAUUAGUAACAGUAAUAGUAGUAAUGUAAUAGAAAUAAGAAAUGUAUCUGUACCAAAGAGUUACCAAUAACACAAAGUUAUGGCUUGUUUCUGCAUUUCCAGCAACCCCCCCCCCAUCCAGUGCAUGGUUUUAUCCAGUCUUAUGUAGCCUCAAGAGUACUGUCAGUCAGUUACUAAGUGACAUCAUUUGGUAAACUACCAAAUUAGAUAUGUCUUUGAUGAGAAAGUAUAAGUCUGGACAUCAGAAACUAAAAGAGAAGUUACAGAAGUCAGAGGGUAUAAAAUUGGCUAUAUAACUUCCUUUUGCUGUAAUGUUACCAACCACUACCUGCUAGGCAAUUCAAUAGGUUAUGUUUAUCGCCAUUGAAAAUGAGAAAAAUAAAUUUUUGUCCAGAUAUAGAUCUUAAAUUUGUAGCCACUUGCCAGCAUUCUCCUGUUAGCAAAUUAUGCUAGUGGACUUUUUGCUAAUUAUCACUGUGUAUGCUAGCGGAGUCUCUCAUUCUCUUAUCCCCAGGGAUUUUCCCCAACUCUUUUCUCAGAUGAAGAUGGUGGUAAUCAUUAUGAAUUCUGCUUGUAAAAACCAGAAUAAAGUUUCAAAUAUAAUUGUGAGAUAAAGAGCGUCAGAGUUUGAUUUCAAUCGCUGCCAUGAACUUAGUAAAUAUUAAAGAUAUCAAGUUUACAUUUGAACAGAAUGUCCUUUACAUUAUGU